UAUAUAGCUUGGUUGGUAACAGUCGGUGUAAGUUAGGCAAAGGCAAACAUUCUAAACUUUCUCAAUGACAAAAGUAUACCCAAACAACACCAGUAGCGCCACCUUAUCGCCGCCGCCAAAACCUAUUAAUAGCAGCAAUGGCGAUGCCAACUCGGUGGUGCUCACCGUCUGGAAGAAAUCGCUCCUCUUUAACUGCGACGGUUUCACGGUGUUCGACUCUAAUGGAAACCUCGUCUUUCGCGUCGACAAUUACAUCGCCGGCAACAAAGGAGAGAUUGUUCUCAUGGACGCCUCCGGCAAUUCGCUUUUCACCAUCCGCCGCAAGAGAUUGAGCUUGGGAGACAGCUGGUUGGUGUUCGAAGGAGAGAAGGAUAUAAACCCUAGGUAUACGGUGAGGAAACGGAUGAACUUUCUUCGUAGCAAAUCCCUAGCUCUCGUGACUUCAGGAAGCUGCAGGGAAACAAAUCAAACAAUCUCAUCGGAAAAGAGAAACAGAGUACUUUACGAGAUCGAAGGAUCAUACGCGCAACGGUGUUGUGCGAUGUACGACGAUAAGCGGCGGCUAAUGGCUGAGAUAAAGCAGAAGGAGGCUGCCGUGAGAGGCGUUGCUUUCGGAAUGGACGUUUUUCGUCUCAUUGUACAUUCUGAAUCUGAUUUAGCAGUUGCCAUGGCCUUAGUCAUCCUCCUUGACCAGAUGUUUGGAUCCUCCACCUCGUCACGUCGUUAAUUACGACUAUUACACAAGAUAAAAGCCUUAUAGCUCGAUCAGCUUCUCUGAUUUCAUGCUGAAGUGAUUUGCAUUUAGAAAGUUAGGAAGUGAUUUUAGCAGAGUUUGACUUGUGUAUAUAUCGGAUGUCUCGAGUUGCUUUUGUAUUUAUAGCUUCUUUCUUAGUUUAUAGAUUCAUCCAUUAUCCUUUUUUGUUUUCAUUUUUCAAUUGAAAACUUGUCAAUCUUAUUUGA